CGACGGCAGCGGCGGCUACAACCAUCACAUUUCACCACUACCACACCAUAUACAAAAAAAACCACCAUUUGACGAUUAUUGUCGACGUUGUUAUUACUACCGUCAUUUACAAUCAAAUCAGUCAGCCAAACAAAAUUGGCAGCCCAAUCAACCAACCAACCAACCAACCAACCAUCAUCAUAUCGUCGUGAGAUGACAAAAAAUUGUAUCAAUAGUAAAUGAACUAAAUUAUUUUAAAUGGUAUUAACGUCAUGUUUUGACAUUUUUGCGUCUGAUCAUCAAAAAAUGUUUGUCGGUUGAUCAGAUUUAUAUACAUUUUGAUGAUACAUUGAGGUGAUAUUUCCGUUCUCAGAGUGAAAUUCUCAUCAACAAUUUUUCAUCACUAUUUAGAAUUUUCUCUCUCUAUCUGUAUCUCGCUGGUGCAGCAAAACAGUUGACGUAGAACGAUUUUUAUAAUUAUCAUUCGUUUUUGUUUAUUAUUCAUCCGUAAUUUCAAUUGAUUGAAGAAUAUAACGACUAAAUAAAAUUCCAAUGAUCUACAAAUUUUUACAAUCAUAAUGUUAUCAUUAAAUUGUUUUUCAUCAUCCUCAUCGGAUUCAUCCGAACAAUCAAAUGGUGCUAUUGGUCAUCAUCAUCAUCAUCAUCACUAUCAUAAUCAAAUACAACACCAGCAUUCCAAUAAUCGUUUCUCUGUAUUCCAAAGUUUUUGCGGCUCAUUUUCAUCACAAUUAACAAAUCUAUUUGUUGGUUGUUGCCGUUGUUGUUGUUGUUGUUUUUGUGUUUGUUCUAAUAAAAGUGACAAAAACAGGAAACGCCGAUUUUCAUUCAACCGUGAUCGUCGUCUUAGCUUUCCUACUGAUCUUCAGCAGCAACAGCCACAUAAUCAUAAUCAUAACUCUCAUACAUCGGCGAUUGUCAACAAUGUUAUCGUUGAAAAAUCAAUCAAAGAUGAACUGUCGCCUAACAUAUCCGGUCAAGAGAUGGCUAGUAUUGUCACAGUGCCUACAAUUAAUAAUGUUGAACAACAUGAUUUUACUGACGAAGCAAUCAACAAUGAUGGCCAUGAUGAAAAAGGCCAUAAUAAUUUCGAUUCUCGUUCAUUAAAUCGUUUAUUCUUUAUUGAAUUUUUUCGCCGUAGACAAAAAAAUCAUAACAAAGAUGAUAAAAGAAUAUCUGAUACGAAUGUUAUUUAUCAUAACAACGGCAAUAAAACAGACGCUGAUUGUCCAGUUAGUUAUGGGCAUCAAUAUCCUAUUCAACAUUCACUAUCAUCAUUACCAUCAUCAUCAAAGCAACCAUUGAUAUUGCAACAAUUAUCAAUAUCAUCGCUUGAUAACAAUUCGGCAUUAGCUACUGAAAACUCUUUCAACUGUGAUGUAAUUUCAUCCGCAACGACAAUGAAUCUCGAGCUUUUUGAAUCAAAAAAUUUACAUGAUAAACAUAAUAAUAAAAAUAAUGAUAAUGAAAUAGAAGAUGAUGACGAUGAUGAUGAUAAUGAUGUUAUAUUCAAUCAACCGAUAGUGCCUUCACAUUCCGGUCAUCAUAAUCAAUUUCAACUGAAACAACAACAACAACAACAACAACAACAAUCAACAUCAUCACCAUCGAAAUCUUUAUUAAUGACUUCAUUGUUUAAAUCAACAAAAAAAUCUGUGGUACAUAGCGUUGGUUCAAAUCCAAUCAACAAUCAACGUGAUAAACAAAUACGAAUAGACAUAUCAUCAAAACGUUUGAUGCGUGAAAUAGGUGAUUUAAUGCGUCGUCGUCAAAAUCAACAAUUGACGGCCAAUUUUACAAUAGAAUUAGUCAAUGAUUCUCUAUAUGAAUGGUAUAUUAAAAUCUAUGAGUUUGAUAAAGAAUCACAGAUUUAUUUGGAUAUGCAACAAUAUCAAAUUCAAUUCGUACAAUUACAUGCCUUAUUUCCUGAAGCAUAUCCAUUUGAACCUCCAUUUAUACGUGUUGUUACACCAUAUAUUGAACGAGGCUAUGUUAUGGAAGGAGGUGCAAUAUGUCUAGAAUUGUUAACAAAAACUGGUUGGACUAGUGCCUAUACAAUGGAAUCGGUAAUCAUACAACUAAUGGCAUCAUUUGUAAAAGGACAAGCAACAAUCAAGGCAACAAAAGAUGUAAACAAAUGUUUUACAAAAAAAUCCGCCAUCAAUUCAUUUAGGCACAUUGUUCGUAUUCAUGAUAAACAUGGAUGGGUGGACACUCCUCUUUUUGAAGGAUGAAAAACAUGAUGACUUGGCCGAAUUAACUUUUUUUUCUCAUUGUCAUUGAAUCAUCAAGCCAGACAGGGGUGGAAAUGAUUUUCAAUUAAAUCAGCUUCAUUACGAAUCCACUAUUCAAUUUGAAAUGGAAUGGAAUAACUUUGAUAUUAUACAUGAACCAAAUCAAUAUUUUGCAUCAAUCAUGAAUGGAAAAACAAACAAACAAACAAACAAAAAAAACUGUAGAAUUAAUUG